AUGGAUCGAUUUUAUAAAGAGGCUCAGUCUAACCUGCCCAUGGAUGUGACAGACUCUCCUUCCCCUACAAUUGCAAACAAUAAACUGGAGAAUGGAGUGACCCAGCUCAUCACUGCAGAGGCAUGGAAUAUCAAUCCAACAGGACUAAUGAAAAAAGCACUUUCCCCCUUAGUAGCCGUUCCAGCAUCUUCUAUUAUGACACCACAAACUGACCCACCAAAUGGAGUAUCGCUUAAAGUAGCUGCUACUGUACUGCAACCAAUUUGCUUAGGAGAUAGUCCAAUGGUCCUACCCAUCCAUUUACAAGUGGCUGGGAGCUCAGCACCGCAGAUACCUCCUGGUGGUAACGCACCAUGGGUAAUGACUAAUCAAGGUGCAGUGCCAUUGUCUGUGUUGCUGGAGCAACAUUUGAUUCAGCAUUUAAAUUCACCACUGCUGCUGGCUUCGCCUACCGCAAGCCCUGUGAACUCUGUGCAGAACCACAUUAUUCAGGGGACGACUGGGCCUUGCAUCCAGUCCCAACCACUGGGCCAGAAACCUUUAAGUCAAACGCAAGAUUAUGACAUACCCCCUCCUCUUCCAAUCCCUGGAUUUGCUACUGUCCUCCAGGACUUUUUCCCUUCGCAUAGCACUGUACCUCCAGUACCAAAUGUCCCACCAGGCCCUGAGAACAUGGCUUCUAGCUUCUCCUCUUCUCCGCACCAGAACUGUGGUGGGCUUUUCUCCCCAUUAGUUCCUCCUGCUACUCUUCUCGUCCCUUAUCCAGUGAUAGUUCCUCUUCCAGUCCCAAUCCCCAUUCCUAUUCCCAUCCCCAUUCCCGUGGCCAAAGAUCCAGAGCUUACCAGAUUCGCGGACGUGCCCAGAAAAGCCACCAGCUCUGGCACCACAAGCAGGAGUACCCAGACUUCAAAUGGGAAAGAAGAACAAAAAGUCUCAGAAUGCAUCCAACACCAAGGAAUUCAAGACUAUCAACAUGUCAACUGUAAGUUCAGCACUGAAACUGAGGCACUGGAUCUGUCCAUGAAGAGAACAUCUGUUGUAAAGAAAACUGAGUUCUUUUGUCAACAGAUUGAACAGGAUGGUGUGCUGGAUCUAUCAGUUGCAGCCCCCAAGAAAAUGAAGGAAAGUCAGAACUUUCCAGGUACUGUAUUUUUGUGACAAGGCGAU